UGUCUUUCCUUUCACGUUCCUAUCUAAUAACAGCAAUGUACCAUCCGCUGCCUUUAAUUUCAUUCAUUAUACUUUCCCACCAAACAAACAACCACCCCCACCUUCUAUAUGUAUACACACACACACACACACACACACACACACAUACACAUACACACACACACACAUAAACACUUGGACUAUGAAGAAGCUCCACUCUUCCAUCUUCCUCUUCCUUUCUCUUCUCCUCUUCUUCCUCCUCCCUUCCCUCAUUUCCUCCCUAUCAACAUCUUCAUCAUCACCAUGCAAAUCCUCACUCUACCCAAAACUAUGCCGCUCCAUCAUCUCCUCCAUCGGAACCUCCCCAUCCGAUCCCUACAACUACGGCAAGUUCUCCGUCAAAGAGUGCCUCAAACAGGCUCGGAAAACGUCCCGCGUCAUCCGCCGGUACAUCCACAAGCUCCGCCGCGACCUGACCUUCGCCGAGGCCAAUGCCAUGGAGGAUUGCUACCAGUUCUCGGAGCUCAACGUGGAGUAUUUCGAAUCCAUCUCCGAGGAGUUGAAGUCGGCAGAGUCCAUGAACGAUGAGCUCGUGGACCGGGUUCAGACUAUGCUUAGCGCCAUUGUGACCAACCAGCAGACUUGUUAUGACGGACUUGUGGCUGCGGGAAACGGCGUCGUUCUAGGUGGUGGGGAUUUGUCGGUUCCGCUUGCGAAUGCAACGCAGCUGUACAGUGUGUCGUUGGGGCUGGUGACCAGCGAAUUGGCUCGGAAUCUAAAGAAGCACAGGAAACGAAAUGGGUCGUCGGGUCGGAGUGGGUUUUCGAGUAAGGCUCACCCGAUCCGCGAGCAUCUUACUACUCUCAUCAAGGCUGUUCGAAAAGGGUCAUGCCAUAAAUCAUCAAGAGGUUGCUUUUUAAGAGAAGAAAGGAUUCUUGGCGAAGGGGAAAACAGUGGAGGAAUACUAGUGAGCGAUAUGGUGAGUGUGAGUCCAUAUGGUGCUGAAUCUGGUGACAAUUUCACAUCCAUUGGAGAAGCCAUAGCUUCUGCUCCAAACAAUUCAAGGCCUGAAGAUGGUUAUUUUGUAAUCUAUGCUAAACAAGCAUACUACGAGGAAUACAUUGUCGUUCCAAAGUAUAAGAAGAAUAUAAUGCUGCUUGGAGAUGGCAUCAAUCUCACUGUCAUUACUGGAAACCAUAGUGUCAUGGAUGGUUGGACCACUUUUAAUUCUUCAACGUUUGCUGUUUCUGGGGAGGGCUUCAUAGCAAUAGAUGUAACGUUCAGGAACACGGCAGGUCCAGAAAAGCACCAAGCAGUGGCGGUGAGAAACAACGCCGACCUCUCCACCUUCUACCGCUGCAGCUUCGAGGGGUAUCAAGACACUCUCUACGUCCACUCCCUCCGGCAAUUCUACCGCGAAUGCGACAUCUACGGCACCGUGGACUUCAUCUUUGGCAAUGCGGCUGCCGUCUUCCAAAACUGCAACAUCUAUGCUCGGAAACCGAUGGCCAACCAGAAGAACGCCGUCACGGCUCAGGGCCGUACCGAUCCAAAUCAGAAUACCGGCAUUUCCAUCCACAACUGCACGAUCGAAGCAGCACCGGACUUGGCGAUGGAGUUGAACUCGACUUUGAACUACUUGGGGAGGCCAUGGAAGGUUUACUCUAGGACUGUUUUCAUGCAGUCGUAUAUUGGAGAUCUGAUAACUCCUGAUGGAUGGUUGGAAUGGAAUGGAACUGUUGGUUUGGACACUCUUUAUUAUGGUGAGUUUGAGAAUUAUGGACCGGGUUCGAAUACUAGUAUGAGAGUGAAGUGGGGUGGGUAUAAUUUGAUGAAUGUUACACAGGCUUUGAAUUUUACUUUGUAUAAUUUCACUUUGGCUGAAACUUGGUUGCCCCAAACAGAUAUACCAUACCAUCCUGGAUUGAUACAUGUCAAUUAGAUGGUAUUAAUUAGUUUGGAAAUCAUUAGGUGUUAAUGAUGAUGACAAUGAUUGAUUCAUUUGAUGUAAGUUAAUUGAGUCCUAAGAUUUGUUAUUAUCAGUGACUAUUAUCAAUUUAUGUGAUAAAUUUUAAUUGA